GUGAGGCUGAAGCAGGUUGUGAAGGAGUGCAGCUGCAUCUGUAAAUCGGUAGACCAUGAAACUUGUUUACUUCUUGGCGUUACUCUCUUUAUGCAUUUCAUUAAAUGCACACCCUGUGUCGGAACCGACCGAGGUUCCUCCUCCAGGAGGUCUCGAAGACGCGGAUGUAAAUGACGAAGCCGUCAAGAAUGCUGCAGCUUUUGCAGUCAGUGAAAUAGAUAAGCAACAAGAUUCGGAGCACAAGCUAGUCUUGGUUGAGAUUAUUAGUGCUCAGACGCAGAUUGUUUCAGGAACAAUAUACUACUUGGAACUAGAAAUUGGGGAGAGCAACUGUACCAAAGGAAAUGAUGUUGCCACCACAGAAUGUAUAGUCCAGCAGAACUCGAACAACCAGAUCUGCAGUGUGCAAGUCUUGGAAGUGCAAUGGGAAAAUAUACUUGAGGCUUCAAACAUAAAUUGUGUCCCAAAGUCAGAAAGCCAGAAGAAGAAAUCAUAGGGAUGGUACUGAAGUCAACCUAAUAUCCUUCAUAACUCUAAAAACAUUGGCUUUGAUAACUUCCUGAAUGGACAUCUUUUGACAACUUGAAUGAUGUGGCUAAUCUGCACUUAAAUCUGAAGUUUUUCCAUAUUAUA